ACAUAAUAUAGUGAAUCGUUUAAUUUUUCGAGUGUUAUUUUUCUGAUUAUAUUCUAUUAUACUAAGUGAUCAAACAUGGAUGACGAGGAGGAAUUCGGGGCAGCCAUCACCAUCGGCUCCGAGACCACGGAGGCUGAAAAGGAGUUCGAGAAAGUCCUGGAGCAGAUGCGGGAAUCUGAGGGCUUAAAAUUAUAUACAGAUGUGUACACCAAGCUCUACGACUCGUAUUACAAGAUGAAAGAAGAAAACUUUAAGCACCAGGAAAGAAUCUCCUAUCUUCAGGGGAAAUUAGGACGUUAUGACACUGUGGUCUCGGAGUACUUGACUGAGAUAUCAGAUUCAGCUAAAACUAUAGAACAACUGAGAGCUGAAAUAGAUGAGGCUAGAUCAUUGGCAGACGCGAUGCACUCCAGAGAACUGGCCGGUGUGGAGAGUCUUGAAACUAUGAAGAAAACUGUGGCAAGGCUUGAGAAGGAGCUGGACGCCAGGAAGAAGGCUGGCGACGACGACGCUGGUGCGACGUCAGCUGUGAAGGAAAAGGAGAAGUUUGAAAAGGAGAAAGCUCGCCUGCAAGGGGAGUUAGACGGAGCGACUCAUAGACUGACGAACGCGCUCAGCUACAUAGAGGAGUUGGAACAGAGGAACACUCACGCUGAAGAGAGUAUAGCCAAGUUGGAGGAACAGCUGGAGGAAGCGGACAAUAACUCCGUCCGUCAGAACAGGCUCGUGGAGCACCUGAAGAGUGAAAAUAACCUGAUGAAGAGCGAAGUGGAACGUCGAGGAGCUACGAUAGGAAGUCUUAACGAUAAGCUCAGUAGAACGGAGAAGUUUCUGGAAAGGCGCGACAAACAGCUCAAAGACAUGGGGAUGAAGUUGGAACAGGCGCAACUUGAACAGGAAGCGGCCUCCACCAAGGCAGCGCAGCUCAGAGACCAGCUCGACAACACCAACGCCGAGUUCGAUAAGACAAAACAGACGCUGAUCAACACAAGCAAGGAAUUAAAGAACACAAUAGAUGAUGGCAACAGACUUCGUAACGAGGUGUCCAAGUUAACGAAGACGGGGCUCCAGCACAUGAAGAAGUUCCAGCUAUUGGAACAGGCUAAAGCUGGCGUGGAGACUGACAGAGAGAACCUGCGUCAACAAGUGACUGUCAUGGAGCGGGAGAUCAUGCUGAGCAACAAACAGUCGGAAGCAGACAAGAGAGAGAUAGAGAAUCUGAACAGAGAAAAGGACAUCAUGAACAAGAACAUGCAGAAAAUACAGAAUGAGGCGAUGGAGAACCUUCAAAUAAUAAACCGUCUGGAACAGCGUCGCAAACAGCUGGAAACAGAGCUGGAUGUGAGCGCGGUGCAGCUCAACAAACAGAGGCUGGUCGUCAGACAGCUGGAGAAAGAUAAAGACAGAAUGCUGGAAGAAACUAUAGCUUUGAACGAAAAAAUAGACGAAGUCUCUGAGGAGGUGCGUUUGCGCACCGCGGACAUCCUGGACCUUAAGAAGGCUCUGCGCGAGGAGUUGAUCAAGAGUCGCAAGCUAUCAGUGGCCUUGGACACCACACGCGCCGAAAGAAAUAUGCUGCAUAAAAACUAUACCGAAGCGCUGGACGAGAUACAGGACUUGAAACAGAAGUUGAAGAUGCUGGCCUAUCAGAUAGAACAGCUUAAGGAGGAUAUAAGCGGGAAGGAGACCGGCCUCAAGUCCUGUGAGGGUGCUCUCCUGAAGUGCAACAAGAAGACGGAACAGCUCAAGUCCGAAGUGCAGGCUGGACUGACCAAGCUGUCGGAGGCGAAGGCCGACAUCACAGCUCUAAGACAGGAAGAGGCCAGGCUCAAUAGGAUCGUCCAGGAAGGAGAUUCAGCAAGAGCGAAGCUUAUGAAAGAAUUGGAGGGUUUGAUUAAUGAAAGAGACGUAGUGGGGGCCCAGCUCGUCAGGAGGAAUGACGAGAUAUCACUCCUGUACGAGAAGAUAAGAAUAUUGGAAGUCACGCUGCAUAGAGGUGAAAGACAGUAUGAACAGCGAGUUGAAGAUAUAAGACUGCUCCGUCUAGAAAUCAUAAGAUUGAGAAAAGAAAAGAAUUUGCUGUCAAAGGGCAUCGAAAACAUGACGGAUCUGCGGUUGGAGGUCUUCAAUUUGGAACGUGAGCUGGGUCGUGAACGGCUCAGGGUGCGGGCCUUGGAGGAGGCCUUGGAGACGCCGCUGAACGUUCAUCGAUGGAGAAAGCUGCAGGGAACAGAUCCUGAGAGUGUACAUCUAACACAAAAAUUGAGACUCACACAGAAAAAAGUCCUUGCCCAAAGCGAGAUGCUCGUACUCAGAGACCGUGAGCUGAAGGAGACUAGGAAUUUGUACAGCGCCGUCAAGGAUAUGCUGGCCUUACAACCCAGUCCAGAAAUACAGCAAACGUUGAACCGAACGCAGCGUGCCCUAGUCCAGAGAACCAGCAAAAUGAAAUGUCUCAUCGCAGAGCUGAGCAUGCGUGAGAGACAAGUGACGGACUUCAGACUGGAGCUGACGAAAGUCAGCGACGAGCUUCACUCCUACAAACAGAAGUACUUCGAAAUGAAGCGCGCCCUGGACGCUGAUGAGGCGAGGAGGCUCAGGGUCCCGUCCCCCGGCAGCGCGGAUAACAAAAUAUAACCGGCAAUAGAUGUACUCAUCAAUUUGGAUGAGCUUUAAAUCGAUUAAUCGGACGUUUGAACGAACUUCAUUAUUUGUUAAAUCGAUUUGUGUUGGUCGAAUCGGUUUUUUUUUUUAAUUUAGUUGUAGUUUUGAAAUUUCCUUUUAUUUGUCAUUAAAUUUUUAAGAUUUAUGAAUUAAAAUCUCGAAGCCUUUUGCGUCCACGAUGUAAAGCCACAGAUUAGUUGUAGUUGUGGCUACAUUCAAAUAGUUUGUUUCUAUAAAGAUGGCAACACCGUAUUGUACAGACCAACUGUAUUAUAGCAAGUAUUGUACAGUUUCUCCUCUGUUGUGCCAAUUUCACAUCAAAAUGUAUCGGGAUAUAUAACAAUAAAUAAAACAUCCGAGUCAUUAAUCCGA